CAACGGUUGUGGACGGAAAACGCUUUUCGUCUCCGAAGCGAAACCGCAGAGACCAAAUUAUAUUAUCCUCUUUUCGUCUUCGCAAAGCAAACCGGCGUAGAUUAGAAAACCAACAGGGCUACGCUACGACUUCCGUCUCUUCUUCUAUCUCAUGGCUGUCUCAGUCUCAGCUCCGGUCUUGUUUCUCUGUUACGAUCAGAGCAGCGAAUUGUCUCGUCGUAUGGGAUACAGAAAACCGAAGGGAUUCAGUUCUGGUCGCAGUUCACUGAGCUCCAUCGGUUUUCGGUCGGAGAAGGUUGGAAGAUUGAGGGCUAGGGUUCCGAUUUGCAGAGCGGUGCCUCCUCUGUUGUUCAAAGAUCUCGAUGCCGAUGAUUUCCGGCAUCCUUUGGAUAAGCAGAACACGUUGUUACUUAGAGCCAUUCCAGGGUUGAACGAAUUCGGGAAAGCUCUCUUAGGGUCAAUGACGGAACAGAUCAUGCUUCUUGAGAACAUUGGGACUUCCGUUCUUGUCUCCAAGAAUCAGCUCUCUGAUCUUCACGGUUUGUUGAUCGAGGCCGCCGAGAUUUUGAACAUUGAAGCUCCGGAUCUUUAUGUCCGGCAAAGCCCUGUUCCAAACGCGUAUACACUGGCAAUAAGCGGUAAAAAGCCUUUUAUCGUCGUUCAUACCAGCUUGAUCGAGCUUCUGACUCGCGAGGAGCUACAGGCUGUCUUGGCUCACGAACUAGGCCAUCUGAAGUGUGAUCAUGGCGUGUGGCUCACAUUUGCAAAUAUUCUUACUCUUGGGGCUUAUACAGUUCCUGCUUUUGGGCAAAUGAUAGCUCGAACCUUGGAAGAGCAGUUACUUCGUUGGCUCCGUUCAGCAGAGCUGACUUGUGACCGUGCAGCUCUUCUUGUCGCCCAAGAUCCAAAGGUUGUUGUAUCCGUUCUGAUGAAGUUAGCUGGAGGAUGUCCAUCAAUUGCCGAACAACUAAAUGUUGACGCGUUUCUAGAGCAAGCCCGUUCUUAUGACAAAGCUUCUUCAAGCCCCUUGGGCUGGUACAUAAGAAAUGCUCAGACGAGUCAAUUAUCCCAUCCAUUGCCGGUUCUUCGUGCACGUGAGAUCGAUGAAUGGUCAAGGAGUCUUGAGUAUAGGAGUCUCCUGAAACGGGCAAAUCGAAGAAGCACAAAGCAGAAUGUUUAGUGGUGUCGUAGAAUAUACAGAAAGGGAAAAAACUGAAGCAAACAUGUAUAGGGACAAUACAGAAGGGGCAGAGAAGAAAAAAGAGACUGGAUUCUUAGGUCUAAACAGGUACUGUAAAAACUCUUGUAUUUGUAUAGUGGCAUUGUUGUAUAUCUUAUCUGUGAUAGAUGAACGUAAAUGUAUACUCCAGAAAACAGAAGGAUCAGUGAUAAUAUAUGAUAAGAUUGUAUACUUGUAUAACU